AUGUCUUUCCAGGAGGCGUUCUUCUCGGCACCGCCAGUCACAAGAACCAUCACAGCAGCAGCCGUACUCAUCAGCGUACCGGGACACCUCGAACUGUAUAACCUGGCCUGGGUGGUCUUCUUCAAGGACUACGUCUUCACAUUGCAACAACUGCCACAAUUAUGGCGCACCUUCACGUGCUUCUUCAUCACCGGGCCGUCGCUAGGUUUGAUCAUGGAUCCCUUCUUCCUCUACCACUAUAGCAGCCAGCUCGAGACGGGUGCGGCACGGUUCAGCGCACCAGGCGCGUAUGCCUUCUAUCUGCUCUUCGUGGCAAUGGUCAUCCUGCUGUUACGGUUCCUGGAAUUGAGCAAGAUUACCCCCUGCGCUGUGCAGCGUUCGUCAUUCGCAAAACAAAUAGAGCGUUUGUGGAGUGUGGGCAUGGUGGGAUUCCGGAUUGAGAAAGCUGGCGACCUUGAUCCUGUGGUUCUUACUGGAGGUAUUUACCUUGGCGGCGCGGUUCUUCUAAGCGCCUUGAAUAUGGCCCUGAUCUACACAUUCGCCCAGGAAGAUCCGAAUCGACAGGUCCAGUUUUUCAUUGUUCAAAUGCCGGCGAAGUACUUACCGUACGCGUCAUUGGCCAUCACCUACCUCGUAGCUGGCCCAUUUCAGACCAUGAUUCAGUCCACCGGUAUCCUUGCAGCUCACAUGUACGACUUCCUCGACCGUGUGUGGCCCACCUACGGAGGUGGUCAGAAAUAUACCACCCCGCCUCUGUUCAUUCAGAAGCUGUUUACGGGCACUGGUCAGCCACAGACGAAUCGAGCAUACGGCACAGCAUUCGCCUCAAGAUCUGCAAACCAGCCAGCAGCACAGAACCAGGGCAGUGGACCAUUACCCAACUCAUGGACAAGCGGCUCUGCUUGGAGUGGUUCUGGCAGACGCCUCGGAGGCGAUUGA